GUGAGGGCAGUGGCUUUAAAACACUGAUAUGGCAACAAAAAUCAUCUACUUUACUGUGAAUGGGAGACCAGAGCAGGCAGAGUUUCCUGUUGAUUGCCCUGCCCAGGAUGUCAAAGAUCUGUUCUGCUCUGCAGCUGAGGCAGGACCCCAUGACAUUCUGAAGCUGUACAACCCUAAGGGCAACAUCAUCAACAUCUCCCCGCGCCUGGAGCCCAACAGUCCUAACUCCUGUUAUAAGCUAGAGGUGGUGGCUGCUGACUGCAACAGUGAGCCAUUAGGUGUGGAGCUUGCUGUGGCACUAGGAUUUGAUCUCUCCUCCAUGGAGAAAAGACUGCAGGGCUUGGAGAAGAAGAUCCUGAUUGAGGCUGGUGAGACUCCUGCAGUCGUGUAUGAGAUGAAGAGACAGGUGGAGUCAUUCCGGGAGAAACUUGAGAGUGUUGAACAUCUCAGCUGGCUGGGCCUAUUCAAAGAGCUAUCUGAGGGAACACAGAAGCCCUCUCCUUUCUACCACAAGAGAUCGCUGCGCAAGACCAGAGAGGAAUGUGAACAUGUACGGGAAAAGUUCCUGCAGAUGAGUUCCCUGGAGGUAUCAGAGGAAGUCAGACAGUACCUCAAGACCCCAACUUUUGACAACUGGCAGUGGGAGGAUGCAGAGAUCAUGGUUCUACUGCAGGUCAUGUACACAGACCUGGACUUCAUCGCCACCUUUAACAUUGAGCCUGAGGUGCUGCACCAGUUCCUGUAUGAGGUGUACAAACGCUACAACAACAUCCCCUUCCACAACUUCAAACACUGCUUCUGUGUCACCCAGAUGAUGUACGGGCUGAUCUGGCUGACGGACCUGAAAAGUAAGAUUGACAGCAUUGACCUGCUCACCAUGCUGACCUCUGCAGUCUGUCACGACCUUGACCACACGGGAUACAACAACGCUUACCAGAUAAAUGCUCGUACUGAACUGGCCCUGCGCUACAAUGACAUCUCCCCCCUUGAGAACCACCACUGUGCUGUGGCUUUUGAGAUCCUGGAGAAGAAUGAAAACAACAUUUUCAGAAAUCUGACAACUGAACAGUAUAAACGGAUAAGAGAGGGCAUAAUCAAAUGCAUCCUGGCCACUGACAUGACGAGACAUAACGAGAUCCUGAACAAGUUCAAGUCCAUCCUGCCUGUCUUCGACUUCAGCAACAAGGACCACAGAGACGUGCUGAUGAUGAUCAUGAUCAAAGUGAGUGACAUCUCCAACGAAGCACGUCCUAUGGACGUGGCUGAGCCCUGGUUGGACUGCCUCCUGCAGGAGUUCUACAACCAGAGUGACAUGGAGAAGCUGGAGGGUCUUCCUGUCACCCCGUUCAUGGACAGGGACAAGGUGACCAAGCCGUCCUCUCAGACAGGCUUCAUCGGCUUUGUCCUCUUACCCCUCUUCAUUGAGCUGGCUAACCUUUUCCCCUGCCUGGAGCAGCACAUCAUAGACCCGGUGCGUAAGGCCCUGGACUACUACACAGAGAUGGAGAAAGCCUUAGAGAGAGAGAAACUGAUCCGAGCACAGAGCGACAAGGCAGCCGCAGCCAAGAACAAGGAUACUACACCUCAGAACCCUCAAAAAACAGCAGAUAGUCUGUCAGAGGCUGGGAAUGCCUUGAAUCCAGCCACACUGUGAUGGCCUGCUAAUAGGCUAGUCUACAGAAUAACCAGGAGUAACCAACCAAACAAUGGAAAAGACAUUGCUGUAACAUUACUGACUGUGUCACAAAUAGGGCUUUGUGUUGUGUGAAUUGAAGCACUUAUAUGGUUCCUUUGGUCUUUGUAGAAACAAGGUAUUCACUAUGUCGUAUUACAAGAGUUGUCUGCUGUGUUUUGCUAAAUAAAUGUUUUUCACUGCAUGUAUUCAGUUUUUCAAAAAUAUUUGUAUAUGAAUAAUGGUUAAAUACACAAUAUCACAUUCAAGACAUACGAAGAAUCAGUGUUCAGUUAUGUUUUUUUAUUAGUGGUAUGCUUAAACGAAAGACCAGAGGUGCUAUUGUCUAACUGAAAAAUGGGGAUAAAGCUGAGUGGAUUUGUCUUCACUGAAAAUCUGGACUAUGGUUGCCAUCUAGUGGAUAUGGAUGUUUUUCAUAUUGAUAAUGUAUAAAAAGGUCAGAAAUAACAGAGAUAUUAUAUGAAAUAUGUUUUUGCUUCUAUUGUACUUUUAGAUUUUUAGGUGUUCUACU